UACAGAGUGCGCUCAAGGAGAAGCAGCAUCACUGGCUGGAGACACAGCAUCAUAAAUAAAAAACAUAUCCAGCUGCAAAAAGCCUGCAGACUGAUAUUUGAAAUUGUGAGAGCAGAGAAAAGAAGAAAGAACUCGACAAACAACAUCGUAAACGGCUAUGCGGCCACGAUCCAGACUGCUGUCCAAGAGAGGACUCCUGCUGCCCACAAUCACAGAGGGCACCGAGGAGACACUGAAGGAUCUGAAUGAGGCCAACACACUUCACAUCGCUGGCGACAGCCAGUCUGUCUCCUCAGAGGACUACCUCCUCUCCAUCUGCCACCUGGCCCACCCCACCUUCCCCACCAGAGAUGUUUCCCCUGACAACGUCCACACACGGCAGCUGGAUGUUGUGCACCAGGGUCUGAGGCUGUCACGGCACAGUGGCACUACAUCAACCACCUUUGAAUUCAACCUCACAGAGGAGGCACAAGCCAUCAAUGUACAGCAGGGAGAAGAGAAAGAAAUGAGGGACGAGCUGAUGUUUGGAAACUCUGACCCUCUGGAGUAUCUUUAUGGACACCAGAACAACCUCUCAGGAGGUGUUAGGAGGGCGUUUGUUGAGGGAAGGUUUAUAAGGCAACAUGGGGGUACAUGGGAGGGCCAGGCUCGCUCCAGAGCACACAGCAUCCCCCGUGCUUCAAGUCCAGACUUCCCACGCCAGCGCAAGAGCAGCUGCCCUGAGUUACACGUCAGCACUAACACUUCAGCUCCAAAUAUCUCUCCAAAACGCAGCCUAUCCAGGAUGGAGGCCAUGAGAGGGAGCCCGGCAGUAAGAGGAGCAGAGGGAGAGAGACAGAAUCCAACCAUCAAACAAUCCCUCAUCUCCCAGUGGAUCUCUGACUGCAGGUCAGCCUGGAGGCAGGCGCGUGUACGCGCCUGUAUGCUGCCCGCCAUUGCUGAGAUAUAGGUCGCAAAUGGACAGACAUUGUGAGAGAAGACAUUCAUCAAUAAAGUACCCUGGUCUUUUUCUGUCAGUGCAUGAGACAUUGGCAUUGGGAGAUGUGUAGAAGUGUAUUAUGCAGAUAUAUAACAGGGAUAAGAUUAAAUACACAUUUGAAAAUAAACAGAGGCAAGUAAAUAUUGUCAUGAUUGUCCAUCUGUAAUGUUAUAUCAAUGUCAUUAUGGGUAUUACAACCCUCCUACUCUUAAUGUAUGCUGGUGAUCAUACAAAAUAGUAAAAAUGGAUAAAUCUGCAAAAUCCUUUUAUACCUUUCUGUGUUUUGUGAACUAUGUAU